AUCCAUCACCAAGCUCCGCCGAUCCACAACCUCAACCUUAACCUCGACCUCAACCUCGACUUUAACUUUAACCCAGCCAUUACCAUCGCCGACCCUCCAUUUCCUUCCCGUCCCAGAAAAUGGACCCCCCAGCAACCAUCCGCCCGGCUCCUCCGCCUCCUCCUCCCCGAACCGACCAACCGUUCGAGCCGUACCCGAGCCCCUCCCGCCUGACCCUCGCGACGCGCAGCCACACGCAGGGCGCCUUCCACAUCUCGGCGCGCAAGCUGCCGAUCCUCAAGGCGGGGCCGAUCGACGCCAUGGCGGCGCGGCUGCGCAUCCCCGUGCCCGAGAUGAUCUUCGGCGACAACCUGGUGUGCGUGGCGCACCCGCGCACGGGCUGGAGCGUGUCCUUCGGCGCCGAGGCCGCGCUCGACACGGUCGACAAGACCGGCGCGGGCGGCAUGCUGCGCGUCGCCCACGCCACCGCCUGGAGCAGCAGCCGCGAGCGCAGCGGCGCCACCGCCGGCAUCUCCGAGGUCGUUCGCCCCUUCGACUGGAGCUACUCGGCGCGCUAUCUGGGUGAUGAGGUGCGCGCUGCGGAUGGAAGGGGGUUGGAAGCGAGGACAAGAAGGGGGGGGGGUAAGACGGCGGAGGGGAAGGGGGACGGAGACGGAGACGAAAACGGGGAAGAGGAGGAGGUGGCAAUUCCGGUGGAGUUGCUGAAGCGGAGGGAUCCGAUUCUGUUCGCCGACGAGGUGGUGCUCUACGAGAGCGAGCUGGACGAUAACGGGAUUAGCGUGAUGAGCGUCAAGUUCAGGGUCAUGGAGCAGCGGAUGUUGCUGCUUUGUCGCCUGUUCAUGCGCUUGGACGGGGUGCUGGUGCGCGUGAGGGACACGAGGGUGUAUGUCGACUUUGAGAAGGAGCUGGUGAUCCGAGAGUACACGGCGCGGGAGGAUACAUUUGACAACGUUAAGCAGCUUUACCUGAGCGGCCUGAUGCCGGAUGCCAUCACGGCAGCCCUGAGGGACUCGAACCAGGUGGUGAACCUGCUGCCCGUCGUGGAAAGCUGCGUGGACAGCGUCUGCUUGGCGCCGAAGUCGUAAUGCCUUGAUCCGGUGCAAAUUUCGCACGGGAAGCGAUUUGGCGUUGGGCGUUGGGCGACUCCUAGAUCACGAGCCGCGAAGAGCUGAAAAAAAUACGAACUUGUUGAAUGUGGGCGGAAAGUCUCUGCUUCGUCCUAAAAACAAAUAUUUGCCCUCGUCCUCGAGC